AUGCUCGUGGAAAAUGACGAGGCGUCCGACGACGGGACGGAGCCAACGGCGCCCAUCUUCGACGCGCUGCCGGUCGUCGCGCACCGGCCCGAGUGCGCGGACUUCGCGGAGCUCACGGGCCGGGCCACGGACGGGCUCUACGCCGUCGUCGUCGACGGCGUCCUGAGCCGGGCCGAGUGCGCGGCGCUCGUCGCCGCGACGGAGCGGCGCGGCUACGUGCCGGCGCUGCUGAACAAGGGCCGGGGCCGCGAGGUCCUCGAGCCGUCGUUCCGCCGCGGCGACCGCCGCAUCGUCGACGACCCGCGGCUCGCGCGGCUCAUCUUCGACCGCGUGCGGCCCUUCGUCGAACCCUCCCGCGGCCGCUGGAGGCUCGUGGGCGCCAACGAGCGGCUUCGAUUUCUAAAGUACGCCGCGGGCGACUUCUUCAAGCUCCACGGCGACGGCUCCUACGUCCGCGGCGCGGGCCCGCGCCGGGGCGAGACGUCCUUCGUCACGCUCCUCGUCUACCUGAACGACGGGGCCGACUACGCCUCGGGCCGCACGACGCUACUCAGCGCCGACGACGGCCGCACGGCGGUCGAGCCGGCCGCGGGGCGCGCGCUCCUCCACGACCACCAGAUCCUCCACGAGGUCCCGCCCAUCGAGGCCGGCGUCAAGUACGUCGUCCGCACGGACAUCAUGUACGCGCGCGUGCCCGACUAA